CUUCGUUCUUUCUUUCUUCAUCAUUAUAAUCAGCAACUUUUCUGCUUCUUGUUGUGUGAUUUGAGAGGAGUGAAAUCCAAGGGGGAAGAAAUGGUGAAGCAUGCCCCUCUGUUUGCUCAAAUAUUGUUCCAGAGCUCUCUGGCAGUGAUGUAUGUGAUAACUAGGGUGGCUUUUGAGAGGGGGAUGAGUCGUUUCAUCUUUGUUACUUACAGGCAGGCUAUUGCCACACUUGCCAUCUCACCUUUCGCCUACUUUCUUGAUAAGAACAAAAGGCCUCCCAUGACCCUGAAAGACUUGGGUAAAAUAUUUAUUCUUGGAUUAUUGGGGGUUCCACUCUCCCAAAUCCUCUAUUUCUCAGGGCUUUACUACACUUCUUCAACCUUUGCUGCCACCAUAAUGAAUCUCAUCCCUGCCCUUGCCUUUGUCAUGGCUUUUCUCCUAAGAAUGGAGAAAGUGAAUUUAAGGAGUCUAAGGGGACAAGCAAAGGUUGUUGGUACCAUAAUAUGCGUGAGCGGCGCCAUGAUCAUGACUUUAAUUAAAGGUCCAGUGCUAGGAUUCCUUGGUUUCCUUAAGAAUCCGACCGCUCUUUCAGAUCUUUUGGUCACCAAUUCCGCCGUUGUCAUGAAGGAUAAUUGGACACUGGGUCCAAUUCUGCUUGUGCUAAGUGUCACAGCCUACUCUACAUGGAUAGUAUACCAGGCAUGGACUUUCAAGGAUUAUCCUGCUCAGCUAUCCUUGACAGCGAUGAUGUUGGGCAUGGGUACAAUUCAGUCUGCAGUCAUUUCAGUUAUAUUUGAUAGGUCCUCGGCUUGGAAAUUAGGAUGGAAUUUUGAGCUCUUUACCUAUGCUUACAGUGGUAUCAUGUGUUCGGCUUUGGCAUUCUUUAUUCAAAGUUGGUGCAUAAAGAAGAGAGGCCCUGUCUUUGCUGCUGCAUUCAACCCCCUAUGCACAGUAUUGGUGGCCAUUUUAGAGCCUAUUAUUCUUCAUGUCGAUGUUCACGUCGGAUCUGUGGUAGGGAUGUUUUUGAUCAUUUGUGGACUUUACUUCGUUCUAUGGGGCAAAGCAAAGGACAGAAAGCCUGCAAAGAUUUUGCCCACCCAAAAUGAAGAAACUCGUGAAGAGAAAAAGGAAAGUGGGGAAGGAGGCAUAGUGCUUGGGAUGAUAUCUGAGAACCAAAAUGAAGGCGUAGUACUUGAGAUGAUAUCUGGGAACCAAAAUAAAGAUGAAAUCAAGAAUUGAGCUUGGGCUUGAGUGGUUAGCAGCUGAUAUUUAGCCAUGCAGUUACCAUCCCAAAGAAAAGAAAAAAGAAAAAAAACAAUGAAGAAGAAGAAGAUGAAAUCCAUUCAAAGUGUGAAAGGACUUGUAGCUGAGAAAUAGUACAACUGAAAGCACUAUAAAGGACAGAGAAAGAUUGUCUCACUAUGAAAUUGCACGUAAGGUACCUGGAUGACUCACCACGUUCUAAAGUUUUGGAGAUUUCAUCAAGUCAUCUUCCUUCGUAAUUCAAGAACAACUCAUGAUGGAAAACAUGUCAUUUCGAAAUUCUUUUUAGUUUUUUUUUUAUUUUAAAAUUUUGUGUCAAGAGUUAUUGUUGUUAGUAAUAUUGUAUACAGCAUUCUUUCAUUUUUUAUC